AUGGUGGUCUGCAAAUGCCGCAAGGCUACCAAGCUGUAUUGUUUCGUGCACAAGGUUCCAGUUUGUGGUGAAUGCAUCUGUUCUCCCGAGCACCAAAUAUGCGUGGUUCGUACCUACUCAGAGUGGGUAAUAGAUGGAGAGUAUGAUUGGCCUCCAAAAUGCUGCCUCUGUCAGGUUGCACUUGAUGAGGGGACUGGCUCUCAAAUGACUCGGCUAGGUUGCUUGCAUGUUAUACAUACAAGUUGCCUGGUUUCACAUAUCAAGAGUUUCCCUUCUCAUACUGCACCAGCUGGAUAUGUUUGUCCUACAUGUAACACAUCGAUAUGGCCUCCCAAGAAUGUGAAGGAUUCAGCAUCUCGCCUCCAUUCAAAGUUGAAGGAAGCUAUCAUGCAGACUGGCUUGGAAAAGAACUUGUUUGGAAAUCAUCCAGUUUCAUUGUUAUCGACAGAAUCCCGUAGUCCUCCGCCUGCAUUUUCCUCAGACCCUCUUAUUAAUGCAUCUUUGAAUGGAGGCAGGGAAAUUAAUGCAAGCUCAUCAGCAGCAAAAGAUGAAACUAACAUAAUUGAUUUCUCAAUAGAAGCAGGAUCUUCUAUACUUCCAGUGACGGACAUAGUGGAGAUAGAAGGUCCUAGUGCAGCAGGGAAUUUUGUGAAAAGCACAACUCCUGUAGGUCCUGGUGCUACAACACGAAAGGGUGCAUUCCAAGUUGAGCGACAAAACUCUGAAAUCUCAUAUUAUGCAGAUGAUGAAGAUGGGAAUCGCAAAAAGUACUCACGAAGGGGUCCAUUCCGACAUAAGUUUCUAAGAGCAUUGCUUCCGUUCUGGUCAACUGCAUUGCCAACUCUACCAGUGACUGCACCCCAGCGGAAAGAUGGAUCAAUUGCAAAUGAUGUCCCCGAGGGUCGCGCCCGUCAUCAAAGAUCAUCAAGAAUGGAUCCAAGAAAAAUCCUUCUUGUGAUAGCAAUCAUGGCAUGCAUGGCGACUAUGGGUAUUUUGUAUUACAGAUUAGUGCAACGGGGUUUUGGUGACGAGAUACCUGAAAACGAGCAGGAAUAA